AUGUCAACAACAUUCUGUCGAACUACAAUACCUAUCCUUUUAAAGAGUUCAUCCCCAUACAAAAUUUUUUCCCUUCAAACUCGCCAUUAUACAGCUCGCAAACCCAAAAAACCUACGAAACUUUCAGCACCCAUUUGGGACGAAAAGAAGCUUGACGAUGGUAGUUUAUUUAUCUCUCGUGUGCCGCUAAUUCCCCGAAAAAUUACAGUGGAUAAAUUACCGCCACCAUUGCGACCCGUCAAGGAACUACGGAAGCGUAAACACACUGAAGAGCAAAAGGAAGAAAUGAGAAGAUUACGAUGGAAAAAUCCGAAGAAGUAUACCUGUUCUGCGCUGAGUAAAAUGUUUGACUGUCCGUCAAAUAUGGUUGCUCGAUUUGCACCAUUGCCUCCGGAGAGAAAGGAGAUCCUUAGAGCCAGGGAAGAAUAUGCUAAGAAUAAUAUGGGAUGGAAGAAGAAAGUGAUUAGAACGGAGAGAGCCAGAAGGAGGGCCUUGUGGUGA